UUGCGUAUCAAAAACGCAAGCUUUCUUUAUUCUCUCUUCUUUCAACUUGAAUCUAACAUUCUCAUCCCUAUCUAAUCCUUCUCCUGAUCUCCUCCAAGAAAUCUGUGUGCGCGUCUCUCUCUCUAAGCCUAGCGAAGAUGAUGCAUAUGACCUUAUACUGGGGCAUCGAGGUAACGCUCUUGUUUGAUUCUUGGAAAACCGAUUCAUGGCUGAGUUACUUCCUCUCCUUGCUCGCCUGCUUCCUCUUCUCCUCCUUCUACCAAUACAUGGAAGAUCGACGCAUCCGAUUUAAAGCCCUAGCUUCCUCUCGCUCCCUGCGAUCGUCUCUAGAUGUUCCGCUUUUGCGCUCCAAAGGUCGUUUCAGUCCCGCAAAUUUCGCGUCUGCCGUGCUGUUCGGGGUCAACUCGGCGAUCGGGUACCUACUGAUGUUGGCGAUAAUGUCUUUUAACGGCGGCGUAUUUUUGGCAAUUGUUUUGGGAUUAUCCGUUGGGUAUUUGUUGUUUAGAAGUGAAGACGAGGCGGUUGUAGUGGUGGAGGAUCCCUGUGCUUGUGCUUGAGAAAUUCCAAUUCAUUCUUAUACCCUCUUUGUUUAAAAAGUUGAAUUCCUGCAAAUCUGUUGUUUUAGCUUCAUAUCAUAGUGACUAUUACAUGAUAGUGAAUUUGUUGUUGUUGGGUUUUCAGAUCUGAAUCAUCUUCUUUGUGAAUUUUUAUCUCUGAAUAAAAUUAGUAAAGGUUUUGAUUUCUA